ACUGACAAUAUACUGACAUUAUAACCUUACAAUCAGAUCUUAUAUUAAUUUAAUCCAUGCUGUUAUCAAAAUUUGACCAAUAAUCCUCAAAGAAAUCGAUGAAAACAGACAAGUAAAAUAUUAUUCCUUAUAACAAUCUUACAAACUUUAAAUUUGAAUUGACACAAGUCAUAUUGCCAGUUAGCAAAACUAAAAGAUGGCUUGCAAUGAAAUAAUCGACGAUAUUGAGGAUUUAAUCUCAGCCCAAGAUAUCACUCCCAAAGAACGUUACAGCAACCGCAAGAAUGUCCGCAUAAAAGCAAAGAAACGCACCGACAAGGACGACUUCCCUAAGCCAGUAACAAGCAACAUGCCUGGAACACAAACAAUCUAUGUUAAAACAUGGGGCUGUGCUCACAACAACUCUGAUUCUGAAUACAUGGCUGGCCAAUUAGCUGCAUAUGGUUACACAUUAACAGAAAACAAGAAUGAAGCCGACCUCUGGCUGUUAAACAGCUGCACAGUGAAGAAUCCAGCCGAAGAUCACUUCAGGAAUGAGAUAGAAUCAGGCCAACAGCAAGGCAAACACAUUGUUCUAGCUGGUUGUGUUCCACAAGGUGCACCAAAGUCAUCAUUCAUGGCUGGACUGAGUGUCAUUGGUGUACAACAGAUUGACAGAGUUGUAGAAGUUGUUGAGGAGACUCUAAAAGGCAAUACCUGCAGAAUAUUAGGCAUGAAAAAAUCAAAUGGCAAGAAAAGUGGUGGUGCAUCGCUGCAACUACCAAAAGUAAGAAGGAAUCCAUUGAUUGAGAUCAUUGCUAUCAACACUGGCUGCUUGAAUCAGUGCACAUACUGUAAAACAAAACAUGCCAGAGGAGAUUUGGGCAGUUAUCCUCCCGAGGAAAUCAUUGCUAGAGCAGUACAGGCGUUUGAAGAAGGCGUAGUUGAAAUCUGGUUGACUUCGGAAGAUACAGGAACUUAUGGUCGCGAUAUAGGCAGCAGUUUACCUGAAUUACUGUGGAAAUUAGUCGAAGUGAUUCCGGAGGGUUGUAGACUUCGACUAGGAAUGACUAAUCCUCCAUAUAUUCUUGAUUAUCUUGAUGAAAUGGCUAAAAUUAUGGCGCAUCCUCGUGUCUACAGCUUUUUGCAUGUUCCUGUUCAGUCCGGAUCUGAUUCUGUCCUCGGUGAUAUGAAACGAGAAUAUUGUCGAGCUGAUUUCGAACGGGUUGUGAAUACUCUACAAUCACAGAUUGCGGGCAUGACAAUUGCCACUGAUAUUAUUUGUGGCUUCCCAACUGAGACUUUGGAUGAUUUCGAAGAGACACUGACGCUUUGUGAGAAGUACAAGUUUCCUAGCUUGUUUAUUAAUCAAUUUUUCCCGCGUCCUGGGACUCCAGCAGCUUUAAUGCCGAGAAUUCCAGCACAAGAUGUGAAACUGCGCACGAGGAGACUCACUGAUUUAUUUAAUUCCUAUGAACCGUACGGGCAUAAAAUUGGGGAGAUUCAAGAAGUCCUUGUGACUGAAACGUCGCAUGAUAAGAAGCAUUACGUCGGGCAUAAUAAAUUCUAUGAGCAGGUGUUGGUGCCAAUUGAUGAAGCGUACAUGGGUAAAUUGGUGACUGUUAAGAUUACUAGCGCUACGAAAUUUUCUAUGAUGGGAGAGCCGAUUAAUGAAAAAUCGGUGAAGAUGCCGGGUAUUAAGGAACCUUUACAGAAAGGGAAGGUUUCAGGGGUUGUUGAGGAAUUAGACCAGAAAAGGGAUGAGAGAACUGAGAGGCAUUUGAAGUAUGCGUUAAUGGCGGUCGCGGUGUCAUUAUUGUUGCGUUUUCUUUGGUUUUUGAUGUAAGAUAUGACUUUGUAUGUAAAUACAUGAUACAUAUUAAAGAAA